CAAAGACACAGUUUGAAGCGUGAUAAACCUAUUUCUGAUUGGUUUUGGUAAUAAAAAGUAUACUAAACAUCUUAAAUUUAGCAUAUAAAAAGACACACAGUUGUUAAGGCUGUAUACUGUAAUGACAAUUCAAGAAAACAAUUGAUAAUGAGGGAUGAAGUUAUAUUUAGCUGUUUGCUUCUGACAGUAUGUGGAAUGACAAUUCAAAAGAGAAAUGCAGAAGUGGAAGAAAUAUAUGUCAAACAUAAUGAUUCCGGAAUGAAAACAAGAUAUGAAUUCAAUGAUAUCCGAAUCAGUAAUCGCAGGAAAAGAUGGAGCAUUGGAAGUGGCAAUAACGGCGAUCACAACUCUGCAAAUGGCAAUCAUAACAUUGGUAAUACAAAUACAAAAAAGAGCAAGCAUACAAAUGUGAUAGAUGCUCGAAAUGAAAGAAAUUUAAGAAGGAAACGAAUGCUGAAAAUCUGUGAAAAAUGGAGCAUAGGAAGUAACUAUACAGGCGAGGGAAAUACAGCAGAUAACAACACUAACAUUGACAACAAGAAUACAACUACAAAUGAAAUUGGGGAAGGAAAUUUUGAACAUUCUGAACAGAAAAGUGACUGGAGUAUCGGCAGUAACAACGAAGGAAAUAAAAAUUCCGCAAAUGGCAACACAAAUAUUUGUAAUAACCAGAAACAAAGUCACGAGAAUACAAAUGUAUUCAUUGCUGGAAAUGUCAGAAACAAUGGAAACAAUGGAAAGAAAAGUGGCACCUUUUUAUAUUAUAUGGUCUAUAUGUCAAAACUGCUGAUUACUUGCUUUAUUGUAAGACAUUUGAUUUUGUAAAUAGUUGACGUUUUCAUUUUGUGUUCUUUAAGAGAAUUUCACAAAUAAAAAUUCUUAUU